AUGGAGGUGAUGAUUCUGCCCAAGAGGAACAAGUUUGGCAAACGUUUUGGAUUUGCGAGAUUCAUGGAGAUAGAGGAAGAGAGAUUAUUUUCAGUUAAACUUGACAAUGUCAUCAUAGACGGGAAGAAGAUUCACGCAAAUCAGCCUCGAUUUGGUAGGAAAUCUCCAACUUUGGGUAUUGAAGGAUGGUUCGAUAAAACUAGGGUUUUCAAACAGGAACUACAUGGCAAAGGAAAGGCGAAAGCAACAAAAUUUGGGGGUUUGAGGGGCCCUAGGUCUUUUCUGGAUGUGGUGAAUAAUACAGAGGCCAUAGCGGUAGAUUUAAUGGUGAAGGAGAGCAUGAAACUUAGUUUUCAUCUGGAUCCAGAAUCAGUUUUCAGAUUGAAGAAAGCUUAUGUGGGGAAGGUUGUUCCCAGGAAGUCGGAGACGGUGUUAUCAGUGAUCUCAUUACAGAGGGAAAGAGUUUGUGGUCUCAGUGGUUCUCAGAAAUUAAUGAAUGGAAGGAGGAGGAUGUUGAUAAUGAGAGAGCUAUAUGGAUUAGAGUUUAUGGGGUACCUUGCCACGUAUGGAAUUCUGAGUUUUUUGUUUGGUUGGAUAAUUCGAUUAUCUCGUUCAUUUGUUGUGACGAAAACACGAUGA